AUGUCGCAUUUGCCCCUACUAUCUUCCCUAAAUACCAACGUUACCCCUAAAUACUCGAGUAACGAAUUUGGGUGUUCACUAACUGUCGUCUCCCUGAAGCUGAAGGAAGCUGAAGACACCGGACAGUCCUCGCUCCUUCUGGGAGAACCGAGCGAUUUAGUCUCGAUUUUUAGGUCACGUCACGUAGUCGCUCACACGGAAGCUGAGGUUACAGAACAUGACUCGCUUCUUCUGACUAGGAGUUAUCUCGACACUGCAGCUAUGUUCAACAGAGGCCAUGAUUUUGAAAAAGAUAUGAAGCUAAUGUCUAUGGAUGCUGAAUCUGAGAAAGGUGUCUACAGUGGAUUGCCGAGGAACUACUUCAUAUUCUGCACAUGUGAAACCGUAGAUGAGGAAUACACAUAUUCUUCCAGAGAUUCAUAUGCUAACAGCCAAACUGUCAUGUUGAACAUCAACGAGAGUCAUGGAGGGACUUUUAAAUCCACCGCAGAUAUUGUCUUAAAUCAACUGAGGAGUUCAACUUUCAAAAGGGUUCCCACGCUUGGUGAGUUGAUGAGGACCUGUGACAAAAUGCCAGAUCAGCCACAAGAUUACGAGCCACCUUUCUUCUUGGGUUGCUUAGAAAAUGAAGCACAUUCUCCAUUAUUGGCAAAGAAUCCUCUGAGGAUGGAAGUUGGGAAUGUUACCUUAAAUCAACUGAGGAGUUCAACUUUCAAAAGGGUUCCCACGCUUGGUCAGUUGAUGAGGACCUGUGAUAGAAUGCCAGAUAAGGUCGUCUCACUGAAGUUGAAGGAAGCUGACGACACCGGACAGUCUUCGCUCCCUCUGGGAGAACAGAGCGAUUUAGUCUCGAUUUUCCUUCAUCCUCACGUAGUCGCUCACACGGAAGCUGAGGUCACAGAACAUGACUCGCUCCUUUUGACUAGGAAUUUUCUUGCUACUGCUAUGUUCAACAGAGGCCUCUUCUAUCUCGACGAUGAAUAUAUGAAGAAGCUAAUGCCUAUGGCUGCUGAAUCUCACCUACUGAUUGAGAAAGACUUAAACGAGCCACCUUUCUUCUUGGAUUGCUUGGAAAAUGAAGCACAGUAUCCAUUAUUGGCAAAGAAUCCUCUGAGGAUGGAAGUUGGGAAUGUUUACAGCAAACGUCUCUUGUUAACGUUAAAGGGAAAGAGUGUUCUUGAGCCUUGUGAGAGUCAAAAUGAGUACAUGCAAGAUGAUGGGAAGCAUACAAGACCCGUGACAAAGAAGGCUCCGUGCAAAUUUUUUGCACAAGGAUAUUGUCCUUUUGAAAAGGACUGCUGGUUUUCUCACCAUGUCUGUGGUGAUGGAAACAUAUUCUCUCAUGAAGCUGGUGGUUCCCAUAGCGAAGUUUGUUGUUGGGAUACUUCACUAUCAAAAUUGUUUAGUAAGCCGGAGUUGCAUUCAGCCGGGGGAAAACGUCGUAACAAGAAGACAGUUGAGAGUCGUGAUGAGACCGUAAGAAGACGUGUCCGUGCCUUUCCGAAUCAUGCUUUGACUCCCGCUGCUCUGAAUAAUAUCUUUGGCCAAAAGCUGUAUGACGUGUGCUACAAAAAUGAAGCGCAUCCUCUUCCUGCAAUUUCCUGUUGGUUUGAAAGAUUCCGUAAAGGAGAUGGAAAUACCAUUUUAGAAAACCAAUUAUUGAGAUGGAGAUCUCCCAAAAGGUCUCCCAACUGGAGCGAUGGAGUUACAAGAGUCAAUAGACAAUGGGUUGCGCUUUCUGAGGAAGAUAAGAAGAAGAAAGGACCUAUCCGUUCAAAAGAAGAAGUUAAUGUGGUAGGAGAUGUCCGAGACCAAGGUAAUCAUGAAUUAUGCUGGGCUUAUGUCUGUGUCAAUCUAGUGAGCGCUCUCAGAGUCAUAGAAGGUUUGGAUGGAGGUUUUGUGACUUUGAGUGUCAAGGAAUUGUGUUUUUUUGCAUCUCCUCAUCUUCGCUCACUUCAAGCUGCAAAGAGACACAAGUGUCAUACUCACCAAUUGACAUCUGGCCUGGAAUAUAUAAGAGAUCAUGGAGUGACAGUGCAACGAGGGGCUGGAGGAGAUUCCUUUAACUGCGUAACAGAUCAACCCAAAGGAAGAAACGAGAAGAAGAUUAAGAUAGCAGGUUUUCGCUUUAUGGGUAAUGAUUUACCUCAAGCUUUGAAGAGUCUUGAGAAGCAGCCUAUAGGAGCAACCUUGGUUAUAUUUUCAGACUACUGGAAAAUUCGAAAAGGGGAAAUCUACCGUGGACCCACGAGCGACAAUUCUCGGUACGAGGGUCUUCACGGGAUGACCAUUGUAGAUGCGUUCUUACUGAAUGGGGAGCUUGUAUUCUGGUGCAAGUCUAGCCAUGGAACAGAGUGCCACGACAAAGGGUACGUUCUAGUGUCUGCUGAGACGAUGGUUAUGGGUCACCACUUUGCUGCUGGGCGUGGUGAUUCAACAUUUGGCAUUAACCAAGGUAUAGGAGGUGGCACACCUUUAGCCCUUAGUAAGCCAACGGGCCUCAUCUAUGAUUUUGUACGUCCUCUGCUCAUGUCUGAAUCGGCAAACUCGGAGAAAAAAGGAAAGGGGAAAAAAAGAAAGAGAUGA